GAUUUGGUUUUCAGGCAUACGUCGACCCUCUAGUCUUCUGCAACAAUGGCGUCUUCAAGUGAUAUUCAGGUCAAGGAGCUGGACAAGCGUGCCUCAGGACAAGCUUUUGAGGUCAUCCUUGGGAGUCCUGCUCCAGAUGCCAAGGCUGAGUUCCCUCUCUCUCCUCCUCUGAAGAAGGACCUUUCCUUGGAGGAGAUCCAGAGAAAACUAGCCGCUGCUGAAGAGAGACGCAAGUCUCAUGAAGCCGAGGUUCUGAAACACCUAGCAGAGAAGCGUGAGCAUGAGAAGGAGGUGCUUCAGAAAGCUCUGGAAGAAAACAACAAUUUCAGCAAGAUGGCAGAAGAGAAACUGAACCAGAAAAUGGAAGCCAACAAAGAAAACCGUUCGGCCAUCAUGGCAGCCAUGAACGAGAAGUUCAAAGAGAAGGACAAGAAGCUGGAAGAGGUUCGAAAACACAAAGAAAACAAAGAGGUCAGCUGUGAAGAAAA